CCAGCUUGGAACACUCAGGACUCAGUGUGUUACUGAGCUUCGUCGGGAGUGCUGUAUAUCGUCUCUGCUUUCUCUGUGUUCCAACAGGAUGUCCGGAGAAUGCUGGGUGUCCACCUGGGUGAUGGCAGCAGUUGCUGUGAGCUUCAUGAACCUUGGGGUGGUUGUGGCAGAGCCAGCAGCUGCCAGAGCGGCACUGCGACACCCCAGACAAGUGACCAGCCCGACGACGAACGAUGUACUCCUGUGCCAGUUUGAGGCAUCGGCAGGCGUCACCAGCCCCGAGUGCAAGCAGAUUUUAAGUAGUAACCCGCCAUUAGUGCAGCCACAGACACCACCGAAGCCAGUGCAGACUCCGUCUCCGGGAUGCAUCUGCACUCGUCACUGGCAAUGCUUGGACAACGCUAAGGGACAAGUGUUUCCUCCUGCAGGUGAAGACGGCGAAGUGGUUGAUAUCGUGGACGUCAGGACGGGAGCCAUGGCGUGCCCAGCUGUGGAGGACAUCUGCUGCAACAAAGUAAACAUGAAGGCACCAGCACCCCUGCUGCAACCCUACACCCCACGAUGUGGCAAUCACAACCCAAAAGGAAUAGGCGUCACCUACGAGGGAUUUACCAACGCGCAGUUCGGGGAAUUCCCGUGGAUGGCGGUGGUGAUGACGGCAGACAAACCCCUGGGAGCCGACGCCAACGCAUACAUCGGUGGCGGCUCUCUCAUCCACCCAGAGUUUGUGAUGACGGCAGCUCACUAUGUCGAAGGCAAGACAGCCAGUGAACUGGCUGUGAGGCUGGGCGAGUGGAACAUUCAAGCGGCCACUGAAUCUAUAAAACAUGUGGAAAUACUUGUGAGCAAAAUACACGUCCACCCGCAGUUCAACCGCAGGAAACUAACGCAUGACGUGGCACUCCUGCAGCUGCAGCAAGCUGCCCCACUGGGACCCACCAUCGAUACCAUCUGUCUUCCGAAUCCGUAUCAGAAGUUCGAUGGCUCGCUUUGCUUAAGCUCAGGCUGGGGAAAGGAUUUAUUUGGCAUGCAAGGAAAAUACCAACAGAUUUUGAAGACUGUGGCCCUUCCCGCGGUGUCUCACCAAGCAUGUGAAGCAGCCCUUCGCGGAACCCGCCUGGGACCACGCUUCAGGCUCAGUAAGACCUUCAUGUGUGCUGGAGGAGAGCCUGGCAAGGAUCUGUGUACUGGUGACGGUGGCUCGCCCCUCGUCUGCCCCAUGCCAGAGAACCCGACCACUUACGUUCAGGCUGGGAUCGUGGCCUGGGGUAUCGGGUGUGGCAGCGAGGGUGUACCUGGGGUGUACGCAGAUGUUGGCCAAGCCAUGGAAUGGAUUGACAGCGUUCUUCAAACCGUUUCAAACUUCGACGUACGUUUAGGUUUUCGGAAUGGAUAAACUGAGGCUGCUGCUACAGAUGCGUCACUGACCUGUCUACGAUGGUUGUAAUGAUUGCCCCUGUUCGUAUUUCUUGAAGGAAUAUUGUUCCCUUCCCAGUUCUUGCCCAAAUAUGAGCAAUACAGUAUUUCUUUCUCAAUCACUGGGGAGAAGGGCUCACUACGGCGUCAGCUGUGGUGGCCCUGUAAACUCUCAACAGGAUCUGCGAUUAUUGUAUCAGGUAGAUGAUGUAUGUCUAUUGUUAAUUAAGGCCUAUCAUUUCUCAAAGAACUCAAGUAAAGCUAAAACGAUAUGAAAAUUUUCGUUACAUUUCAACAAAGCCUAAUAUAUGUAAGUACAUAUAUGGAAGACUAAACAUAUUAAAACAUAUUAUUAUGA